UACAUUCUUUUUGAUUUUUCUUAUUUUUCGGUGUGUCAUGUAACACAAGCCUCAAUUAUGAAUCAAUAAACUAAUAAUUUUUUUACUAUUGGCGAUAAUGUAGCUUGUUUCUUUGAAGAUAAAAGAGAAUUUUUCAUGUCGAAACGGCCUGUACUAUUUUCAUGGAAAGAACUAACUAUAAAAAGUUAUAAUAUCAACUAACUAUUGUAUAUGAAAGAAUUUUGCGUGCCAAAUCAUCUAUCGACUUCAAAAAUAGUUGAACCUGUAUUUUAAUUAUGCGCUUUCAUUUUUAUAAAUAUAGCGAUGCACCUUUCAUUUUCUAUAUUUUGUGCAGCCAAAGCUUUAUUUUUGUUCCUGUAAAUCAAGUUUCAAAAACUUUGUGAUAUUGAUGCAAAAAUUUAAAAAAAAAAAAUGAAUUAUUUGAACCGAAUGUGUUUAUAUAACAGUAAGAUUGUAGUUCCAUUUAUUGAAGCAGCUAAGUUUAGUUUAGUUUUUUUCGCAUAUGUUGGUUUGAAAGAAGAAAAUAAAAAAGAUACAUUCAAAAAAAUUUCUAGUUUAAGAAUUGCAGAAAAAAAUUCCUUCAUUCAAGAUGUUUUUAUGGAAGUUGUCGACAAUUAUUUAUUUGGAUUAAAAACUAUUGUGAUUCUAGUCGUAACAAAUAAAGAAUAUUCGAUAUUUUUGUAUUGUGAUUCAUUCAACGGCAAGUUUCUUCCUGUUAGUUGUCAAAAUUUAUCAGUGGCAAAAUUUUCUCCAAGUGAUAUAUUUUUCACUAACGGUCCUGUGUGCUUCGCAUAUUCUGAAAACAGGCUACAUGUAAAUCUUCUGUCUUAUUUCCAAACCUGUAUUGUGAAUUUAAAGGAUGUUUUUUCAUUGUAUUCUUUCAUAAAUAUUAUUCAGAUAGUAUCAUUGGGGCCAUUUAAUCCCAACUGUCACUCAACAUUGGGAUACCUUUUAAUAUUUAGUUGCAGUUCUUCAUCAGAAAGACAAAUUAUCAGUAUUGGCUUGUCAGUGGAUUGUAAAAAGUCGUCUGUAAAUUGGGAAAUAUUACCAAAGGACAUAUUUCUUCCUCAAGUUUUUGAAAACAUGGUUAAAGCAAUUAAUGUAUCUCUUCUAUGUCUCCCUUUGAAUAUCAAUGCUGAUUUAAAAAGUAUAGAAUGGAAAGAUGCCAGUUGCAUAAUUUGUUCUGCUACUGAAUGUUUUGUAUUUUAUAAAAACAGCUUAAAAUAUUGCUGUUCUAUAUCUUCAUGCCCUGUUGAUGUUGUUGAUAUUAAAGUUAACAUAUGUGCUGUAUCUAAAAUGGAUAUAAACAUACUUUUAAUAGGCUCUGACAAAACAAUUUUAUACAUUUCAAAGAAGAAAGAUGGUUGUCAGUUGCAGACAACCAAAUCGUGGUCCAAUAUUGAAAUGAUGUUUAUUGGAGAUGUUUUGAUGAAAGGAACUCUUCAACUGCUGAUGUUAAAAUGUACAGAUUUUUCAACAUGGCAAGAUAAUUGUUUGCUGAUAGAUUUAUAUUCUGUGCUGCCAAUGAAUGUUGCUAGCCAGACAACAUUGCCUGAUGAGUGCUUAGCUGCUACAAUUUCGGGAUUAUCUAAAAAGGUUCAAGCUGGAAAAUUAGCCAUAUCUUCCAAAGAGCAAGAAAUUUCAAGAAAAACAUCUGCAACUGUUGAUUCUUUAAUGAAAUUAAAUUGUCCCAGUUUGUUAUCCGAAGAAUGCAUUUAUUCCUCUCAUUCCUUUCAGGAAUCAUUGGUUGAUAUUAUACUGAGCAAAGAUGAAAAUAAAAAGUCUGAAAAUAAUUUUAGGGCAUCUGAACUUAGCUUAAAUAUUGACUAUUGCUGGAUGAAAGUAAUCCAUAAUAGAUGGCUGUUGGGUUGGCGACUUUGUAAUGAAGGAGAAAGACCUAUCUGUGAUCCUACAAUUAGAGCAACAGUUGCUGGCCAACAUACUCAGUGCAUACAAAAAGUUAUUUUUAAUAAGACCAAUUGUUCAUUGGAUGAAAAAUGUCAUAGACAAAUCAAUUCUUCAGAAUUAUUUUCAGUAAUAGUAAGUUUUGAGCUUCAACCGAUGUUGAAAGAGACUAUGGAUGCAUCUUUUAUUUUAUCAUGGUAUGAUGGGUCAUCUGAUGAAUUUGAUAACGAAAUCUUUGUGGAAGAGAAAAAAAAAGUGUUAGCGCAGCAUCAAGUUGUUUUCAAGAAAACCUUAGCAGUUGAAGAUAUUCUGAACCAGCCCCUCUUGAAUGAAGUUUCCUCUUUCGAAGAUUUGAUGUUGAUUCAACUGUUACAGCAGCGAAUUGUUCUGAAUUUCUCUUCUUUGCACUCUGCUCUUACUGAUGUGGAUCUUUUUUUGCUGAAAUAUUUCCGUGAUGCAGUGCACAUUCUUCAAGAUUCUACUUCAAAGUACUUCAUAUUCAAACAGAUGCAGUCCCCUCUUUUUAAUGUGAAUAUAAUUGUUAAACUUGUUGACCAAAAAAAUGCGGAAGUCCAAGCAUUUACAAGCAAUGAUCAGGAAACAUCCUUACUCAUCCAGCAAUUGUACAAGUGUUUGCCCGAAGAUGUCGUUAUUGCUGCAAGUUUAUAUACUACAGAUGAGAUCCGUAAAUAUCAGAGGCAAGUGCUACACUCCAUGAAGGAUGAAGCUGAUAUUUUGAGUUCGCUAUUUCACGUUCAUAAUGUUAAAGAUGAGCUGUGGGCAAAUUCUGAAAAAUUACGAUCCUCUCAUCUUGCAGGAACUAUUUUAAUGAAAAAAGAAACUUGUAAGAGGAUGAGGAAAAUGCUCUUGAAGAAAGAAUGUAAAACUGAUAUUUUAAUUAAGAAGUUAUUUUCUAUGCACUAAAUGUUUUGUUAAAAAUAAUGUUAAAACUGUU